AUGCAAACGGAACAGCCUGUCUUCACCACCCGGGCGCACGUCUUCCAGAUCGACCCCAGCACGAAGAAGAACUGGGUGCCUGCGAGCAAGCAGGCGGUCACCGUUUCCUACUUCUACGAUGUCACCAGGAACAGCUAUCGGAUCAUCAGUGUGGAUGGAGCCAAGGUGAUUAUAAACAGCACGAUCACACCCAACAUGACUUUCACCAAAACGUCGCAGAAGUUUGGGCAGUGGGCCGACAGCAGGGCCAACACGGUAUUUGGCUUGGGGUUUUCGUCGGAGCAGCAGCUGACAAAGUUUGCAGAGAAAUUCCAAGAGGUGAAAGAAGCUGCCAAACUAGCCAGAGACAAGUCACAGGAGAAAAUCGAGACCUCGAGUAAUCACUCUCAAGCAUCCAGUGUCAAUGGCACAGAUGAUGAAAAGGCCUCUCACGCGGGUCCCGCCGACGCACACCUGAAGUCUGAGAACAGCAAGCUGAAGAUCGCUCUGACGCAGAGUGCCGCCAACGUGAAGAAGUGGGAGAUCGAGCUGCAGACCCUGCGCGAGAGCAACGCCCGGCUGACCACGGCGCUGCAGGAGUCGGCGGCCAGCGUGGAGCAGUGGAAGCGCCAGUUCUCCAUCUGCCGGGAAGAGAAUCCCAAGUUGAGGCCUGAGAUUGAUGAGCUGGAGGAACAGUGCAGUGAGAUCAACAGAGAGAAGGAGAAGAACACCCAGCUGAAGAGAAGAAUCGAGGAGCUGGAAUCGGAACUACGAGAAAAGGAGACAGAAUUGAAAGAUCUCCGAAAACAAAGUGAAAUCAUACCUCAGCUUAUGUCAGAGUGUGAAUACGUCUCUGAGAAGUUGGAGGCAGCAGAGAGAGACAAUCAGAACCUGGAGGACAAAGUGCGUUCUCUGAAGACGGACAUCGAGGAGAGUAAAUACCGACAGCGCCACCUGAAGGUGGAGUUGAAGAACUUCUUGGAGGUCCUGGACGGGAAGAUCGAGGACCUGCACGACUUCCGCCGCGGCCUCUCCAAGCUGGGCGCCGACAACUAGGGCCCCGCGCGAGUCCCAGAAAUCGGGAAACUUCAGACCCAGAAAAAGAACUUAUCGCAAGAUACAGAGACACUCCAGCUAAAUAAGACCAUCGGGCUAUUGAAGACCUGUUUAAGGAAAUCGGAAAAUCAAGUUUGCAGGGGAGGAUGAAGUGUCGGGUGAAGCUGGAUCCGUUUAUGCAGCACAGAACAAGACAGCCCUGGUCUGUGCCCAGGUGGGACAUUGGUGGCCUGAGGCAUGAGGAUCAGCUGCUUUGGUGGCAGAGCCAGGGGAGGUGGCUGCACUGGGACAUCUGCAUCCCAGUUUGCAGGAUCAAGGAUGGGGCCUACUACCGAAGAUCUGGAUGUGGGCCAGCAGGAAGCCAAAGUCACCUAGGUCCUGUCUAAGAGGGCCAGCUGCAUGGGUGAGGAGACCUCAUUUGAGGCCUGGGAGGUGGCCCACCAGGGCUUGGGGGAGGAAUGCAAGGGAACCCGGAACAGAUUGGUUCUCAGCCUGGUCAUGGGAACUUCAGGGGAAAGGUCUCCAUAGUAGGAAACUCCAGAGAUGUAUACAGGCUCCGAGACAGAGAGGCCGAGGGGCGGGGGGCAGGGAGAAAUGUGAGCUGUAAGCAUCUGCCCGACCCAGAGAACCUGCAUCAACUGUGACAUCAACUCAAAAAGGAGCUGUCUUAUCACCUCAGCGCCUCCUACCCUGGCCCCCAAACCAGCGGCUCAGGGAGGGGGUGUGAGGAGGAGAGGCUACUUCGUUCCUCCUUUUCCAGGGAAAACUUCCAACUCAAGAGGCCCAAGCUGCGCAGGGGAGAUUUUGGUGCCAACUAAACUCAGUGUGGCAUUGUGAUUAAUAUAGUAAAUCGUGUAUUUAAUUACUGAAUGUUUUCACGUGCCCCUAGGAUUGUGUUUGACAUCAGAGGAAGCAGAAAGUCACGGUGCUGCUAGAUCUUUAUCCAGAGUGCAGAAUACAUCCCACCCUGAGUAAACGUUAAAGGAACAAAUUAAGUUGUUUGAUUA